UUGUUUCUUUGCAUGGCUGGUAGAAGGGAGCGGGGGUUGCGGCUGAGGAGAGGGUGGGCGCAGCACAGCACAACCGCGCAAAACGGCGCCUACGUAAGGACACGCCGCACGCGCCCGAUGAUUGGUAUACCAUCGCCACCACCACGAUCGCUACCACCACCACCAUCAUCAUCAUCGGCUAAAUAAAAUCUACUUGCAGUGAUGUACAGACGCACAACACCAUCCCUCGCCAGUUCCUGCACCCGAGUCAUCCUUGCAAACCGAGACUAUCCUGCGUGGUCUCACGAGUUCUCACCUCGUCAAGAAGUUUAAACUUGAACCCCAACUCGCCAACGUCGAUAUUAAGAGGACCUUUGAUGACAUACAUGCUUAUAAUUAUGCUUUUUAAAGAUAUAUGUGCUCGUGCGUCGGCCUUCAUAGGUGCUUUCUAACGGCACUUUCCCCAACAGUCUGCUCAGGUUAUAAGGGGGAUCUUUGUCAUCAUUGUGUGUGUCAUCAUUGUGUGUGUCAGUACCACUAUUAAGUGUCACGGUAGCAGCAGUACGUGCGAGAGUGCGUGGGCUCCCAUGGGAGAGAGGGAGGGGGUUUCGUUAUGAUUUCACCUCGCCCCGUGUCACCCCCAACUCGAAUGGGGUCACGCAGCCGCAGAGCAGGAAACCGCGUCCCAGGUGCGGGGCACAACGUCGGCCGCGAGAAUCGCGUUCCCAGGCGGGUGCGGAACCUCGCCCCAGAGUCAAACCCUGGGUGCCUAGCCCUUGCGAGGCGACCGCCAACCACACCCCGACCUCCCUCGGGACUCCACUCGCUCCUUCCCCCAGAAACCCCACCACGAACCUCGCCACCCCCCACCCCCCAUCAUCACCACGAAGCCGCUGCGAGGCAAACGCGGAACAAUAAAAAUGCAAUGCGGUGGUGCCUGUACAGAGCCGUCUGAGUAGCGACUGCAGCUCACGACGAUGCUGAGCACAAUGCGUUUUUGUUUUCUCGGGCGCAUCGUGGUGUACGCUGCGACGAAUCUUAUGUGCGAGUGUUUUUAAGUGAUUGGGUCUCUGUGUGCGUCCGUCUCUGUGCAAGGCUGUGGGCGUCUUUGUGUGAGGCGAUAGAUUUCUACGGGUGUCUGUGGAGGUCUCUGUGCGAGUCUUCGGGCAUAUCUCUGAAGUCACCGGUGCCACGAGAGCCACUGCCCCACCCCCCCCUGCCCCCUGCACGAGGCGCCGGCCGGAGAGCACGCACGGCCAUGCUGAUGAUCGAGAAGAUGCCCGCUCGCGUGAAGACGGAGCCUGGCGACACCGACGCGAUGAUGAACAACUACGUGUCCCACGUUCAUCCCGACGCGUUCUCUGCCUUCAAGCGGGACGCGAUGGAUGCGCAGGACCAGCCGCUGAACCUGACGGUGAAUAAGCAGCGGAGCUCCGGCGGCGCCCGCGGCUCCCCGCCGCCGCCGCCGCCGCCGCCGCCGUCGGGCGGCCCCCGCCACGCUCGCGCCGCCCACGCGCCGCCGCUGUCCGUCAAGUCGCGCUCCAUGGACGACGCGGCGCUGUCUCGCCACGGCCUCCACGGCCUUGCCCUGAGCCACGGCCUCAACCUUAACCACAGCCUAAACCUUAACCACGGCCUAAACCACGGCCUCCUCAUCGGCCACGGCCACGUUCAGUCGGUGCCGCAGCCUCGCUCGACGACGCGCGGCGGCUCCUCGUCCUCCUCCUCCUCGUCCUCCUCCUCCUCCUCCCCGCCGACCUCCUCGGGGGGCCACGUGCGGACGAACCCGGCGCCGUCGCCGUCCCCGCCGCUGCUGACCCACCAGCUGGUCGCGUACCCGGCCCCCUCCGGCCCGGGCUCCGCGCGGAGCUCGCCCUCGCGGCCCGUCGCGUACCCGUCGGGGGGCGGCCCGCACGACCUCUACUCCUCCUCCUACCUCCUCGCGUCCGCAGAGCCCGGCGGGGGCGGCGGUGGGGGGGCGGGCGGCCCCCCGCCGCCUCCCUCGCAUCUCCUGCGGGGUCUCUCCCUGCCUGUGUCCACGCUGCUGCCCUCGGGCUCCCUGCUGUCCGCCGCGCCGCCAGGCUCCCAGCAGGGCUACCUGCAACUGGUCAACCCCAUGGGCGGCGGGCCGGGCCACGCGAUCCAGCUGGCCGUAAUCUGCACGCCGGUGCCGGCGCACGCGGGCCACCCGGGCCACCCGGGCCACCCGGGACACCCGGGCGGCCCGCUGGACCACGGCAUGCGACACCUUCCCCACCACUCCGCGGCUUUGCCGUACCACCUCGGCGUGGUGGAGCGGGCGACCGAUCGCCACGCGGGCCACCACCACGCGGGCCACCACCAAGCGGGCCACCAGCAAGCGGGCCACCACCAAGCGGGCCACCACCAAGCGAGCCACCACCACGUUGGAGAGUACGAGCUGGCGAUGGACCCGUUGCUGCCGGCGAACCAGCUCGGGGUUCACGAGGCCAAGGGGCAGCUCAAGAGCGCAGCGUCCCAGUCGGUGGACUCGGGGCUGGACUUGUCACCCCGCGUCAAGCGCGAGAGCGAGAGCGACGUGGGCUCCGACGUGGACGACGUUGACGACGUGGACGACGAGGAGAGCGCCUCCACCGACGGCCUGCACCGAUCCUCGCCGAGAGGGGCGGCGGGCGGCUCGCUGGAGCUACAGCACCAGCACCACGGGUCAGGCUCACCGCUCGUGACCCCGCGGACUAAGCGUGCGCGCGACUGCGACUCGCCGGACUCGGCGCGCCGCAAGCGAGUCCACCGCUGCGACUUCGACGGCUGCAACAAAGUUUACACCAAGAGCUCGCACCUGAAGGCCCACCGCCGCACGCACACCGGCGAGAAGCCCUACCGCUGCACGUGGGACGGCUGCACGUGGAAGUUCGCGCGCUCGGACGAGCUGACGCGGCACUACCGCAAGCACACGGGCGUGAAGCCCUUCAAGUGCGUGGACUGCGAGCGCUCCUUCUCGCGCUCCGACCACCUCGCGCUGCACCGCAAGCGCCACAUGCUGGUGUGAUGAGCGUGGCCCACUCCACACAACCACCACCACCACCAUCCCCCGCCCCCCCAAGCCGAGGGGGUGAGGGCCGGGGUGCGUGGGAAGAACAAAAACAACCAAGGAGAGAAAGAAGAGUAAACAAAUGUGGGACGCAAACAAACAAACAAACACUUCCCGUAACCCCCGGAUUGUGGCGUCAGAGCAAGGUUCAGCUGGACUGAACGACGGGUCAGCGUCUGUGGGUUCGCUGGAGGAGUGAACGGUUGGUUGUGGUGUGUUGUGCGCGCGCCUCGCGUGUGCGUCUUUGUACGUGUGCCUUAUGAGUUGAUUACCUCUGCCUGACACUGGGUGGCAGUGUGUGUCCGUGCGGCUGGGUGGCGGUGUGUGUGGCUGGGAAGGGGCUCGGUAGUUGACCACGCCAACUCCCCGUCGGGUGCUGUGCGGACCUCGAUACUCGGUGCUCGCUAACAGCACUUGCCUCCAGCGCGUCUGUAAAGGUUCUACGGGGUGGAUGGGUGGGUGAGGGUGGUAGAAUUGUGCCUGCGUGCGAGUUGACGUCGAUUCCGUCCAUCGCUUUCUCUCUGCCCCUUCCACUCUCCGUGCUGCCAGUGGCUCCGACUCGGCCUCGUUGUCCCCCUGCUGCACCUCCUGCACCUCCUCCAAGCUCGUGCAGCAGGAGCGGAGUCCCGGGCGAGGCCGAGUCGGGGUUGUUUGUUGCUGUUGCUUUGCGCUUUGUACGAUGCUAUUAUUAUUAUUACUACGAAGGAGGGGAGGGCGUUUCGAGUUGUUUGUUUUUUGUUGGGAAGGGUUGGGGGGCACGUUCCUGCCCCCCCCCUCCCAACACCCCAACCGGCUUUCAGUUGGGGGAAUCUUCAUGUGCACAUGUAUAGUGGGAGCUGUAAUGUACAGGGGUGAGCUGUAAUGUAUAAUAAUAAUGUUAAGGGAGAGCUAUAAUCGAUUGGGGGGGGCGUGUGUGCUUGGGGGGGGGGGGGGGCAGGGAGAUGGAGUGGGCGUGUGUACAUUGGAUUGAGAGUGAUUUAUUUUUUUCUGGGAGAGAGAGGCAGUGGGCAGGUUGAAUCCACUGCUGUCGCCGCUUCGGAGGGGAAUGGCUGUAGAUCAAAAGAGGGACAUCCCCCCACACACCCACCAACCCCCCACACACCCACCAACUCCCCCCCACACACCCACCAACCCCCCCACGCACCUACCCACCACCGCUGCUCACCACCCACCACCGCUAUCCACAAACUACAACCGCUACCCACCACCCACCCACCACUGCUGUACGCACUCAGCCAAGACCCAGCGAGUGAAUGGCUCCUCGACUCUGAAUGUGGCUGCCACCGACUCUGUCGGCUGACGAGCUACGCACACGCGCACACACGCACACACGCACACACACACGCACGCACGCACACACAGGCACACGCACACAGGCACACACACGCACACACACACGCACACACACACGCACACACGCACGCACACACACACGCACACACGCACACACAUCCAGGGUUUACGAUGCACAUUGUGCUCAUCCGGCGAUCUGACACCGGAAGGAGUUGGGAUAUUCUGCUGCCCUUGUCCCAUUUUCCUCAUCCCUCUUUAUUUCCAAGUCGUCGUGUUUGAACACCGAGCACCUCAGACUGUGCACCUUACAGUCAACGGUGGGUGGGAUAAGAGAUGGGGCAAGGACGUGGGGGGUGGAGGCGGGGAGGGGGGGGCACGUGGGGUCCCCGGAGCCGGAGAAAAUUUCGCCAAAACAAAUUCCUCGCCACGCAGGUGGAUGAGCCGUGUCUUGGCUCUCUGCCAUCUUCCCCCUCGCCUCGUAAGCAGAGGCCCAGCUCAACAUGGGAGCUGGGCCUCUGCUUACGACACGGCCAGGAGACCCCCACCCCGCCACCACCACCACCCACCACACGUUAAGAUGUGGCCAGGAGACGCUCGUGACAAUUUG